AAAAGUCCAUGUGCUUUGUAAACAGGUGCCGCUGUCGACCUGGGUUCUUCUUCUCAACACGUGACUACACGUGCUCUGAGACAUGCAGACCACGUGACCUACAAGACACCUUUAUGGAGUAUUCUGAAAGCGGAAUAAAAGGACAUAUUCUCGCCAUUCAAGAUGGAACAAACCUGAAAACAUGCAAGAAAAUGUGUGUCAGUACUGAUCAUUGCUUAACCUUUGACUUCAGAGACACAGGAGGGCGCUGUGUGCUUCAUGAUGUGACGUCACGUGAGGCUGUGUCAGGAUGGUUUCCUCUGACCAGUACAGGGUGGACUCACUACCAGAGAACUUGCCUGAAGUCAGCCGCCUCCUACCCGGGUCCAACCUGGUACAACUCGUCUUGUACCCAAGACACGGACUGUCCUGACCCAUUCAGCCUCUGUUCGUCGGGCAGGUGUCUGUGUAAACUGGGCGCCAUUUCUUCUGUACAGGAAGUCACGUGUCGUGCUGCAGAAUCGUGCGGCGAAUGGCAGAAGGCAGGAGCCAAGUCUGGUGCGCACUUCAUUCGACUGAAAGACAAGAACGAGACGAGUAGAGUGUGGUGUGACAUGGACUCCAGUGGCGGAGGUUGGCUGGUGUUCCAGAGACGUCGUGACGGGUCAGUGGACUUCUACAAGAACUGGACUCAGUAUGAAGACGGCUUUGGUGACAUCACCGGGGAGUUCUGGCUGGGUUUAUCAAGGCUUCACACCCUGACCAAAGGGAGACCCACCCGAUUGCGUGUAGACCUCAGAGAUGUGGAAGGACAUCGUCACUACGCUUAGUACUCGACAUUCAGGGUGGACGGUCCUGAGACAAACUACAGACUGACCGUGUCCGGCUACUCGGGUGACGCGGGUACGUGACCUUUAGACAGUAACAUAAACUUAGUAGCAUGCAGCUGUCUAACUAGUCGGGUAUCUCCCGGUAUUCCAGGAACUUAGAGCAGGACACAGACAUGAAGGUG